GCUACCCAGCUGGAGUAUCUGCUACAGCUCAGUCCGUCGAUCUGGCUGAAUGUGUGUACGGUGGUGUGCGCAAAGCAAUAUUGUUGCACAUCGAGCGUCCGCACUCUCGUUAACCUACAGGCAUCAUCAUCGACUGCAUGUCGGUAGUCCUGCGAGCAGGCAGCCUUCUCUGCAUUUAAAUUUAAUGGCGGACCAGCGACGUUUGAAAACGCUUUAAGAAGCUUUGCAUUUCAGUAACAACAAACACUAUCAAAGAUUCUCUGGGGUGAGAAGAGGAGUCUUUGAUGAGACGUCGGCGUGGGGAAUUGGAGCUCUCAGCGCAGAUGUGCAAGGCACAGGCUGGGAUACUUAUCAGGGGGAUCUGAAAGUGUGGUGAAGGACCGCCCCCCGCCCCCCAUCCUGCACUCUUGCUGCACUCUCCUGAGACACGGUCACCAGGAUCCAGCAGGAGUGCUUUUGGGAAGGGCUGCAGCUGUAAGCCAGGUGUCACCGGCAAAGCAAUGACGGAAGGCCGGACUGGCGCCCGACAGGUGCGGGGUCAACAGAAAUACUUCACCAUGGAUGGAGAUGAAGAGGAGAACAUGAGUUCAAGCAGUGCGGACGUCAAAGAAAACUGCAACCUGGACAACGUGUCGUCCAAAGAGGGGGUGGGGGGUGAGGCAGCCCAGCUCCCCAACGGCAGCGGCGGGGGCGGUAGGAAGCGCCCCCUGGAGGAGGGUAACAACGGGCACACCCACUCCAAAUUCCGACCCAAGAAACGCAAGAAAACGCCGGGCCCGGUCCUGCCCAAGAACGCACUGAUGCAGCUGAAUGAGAUCAAGCCGGGCCUGCAGUACAAGCUGCUGUCCCAGACCGGCCCGGUCCACGCUCCUGUGUUCGUCAUGACCGUGGAGGUUAACGGUCAGCUGUUCGAGGGCUCGGGCCCCACAAAGAAGAAGGCCAAGCUGAACGCGGCUGAGAAGGCCCUGCGCUCCUUCGUCCAGUUCCCCAACGCGUCUGAGGCGCACCUGGCCAUGGGCCGAACGCUCACCGUCAACACGGACUUCACCUCCGACCAGGCCGACUUCCCCGAUAUGCUCUUCAACGGCUUCGAGACGCCGGCACCGCCUGAGGACUCCUUCUACCUGGGCUCCAAUGGUAACGGGCCCUUUAACUCGCUGGGCGAGUACCCCCUACCCUCCUCAGCGGGCACUAACAGCCUGGUGCAGUCCCCGCUGCCCGCCCCCGCCCCCUUCAGUUCCCCGUCCAGUGGCAAGAACCCAGUCAUGAUCCUCAACGAGCUGCGGCCGGGCCUCAAGUAUGACUUUGUGUCAGAGAGUGGCGAGAGCCAUGCCAAGAACUUUGUCAUGUCUGUGACUGUGGACUCGCAGACCUUUGAAGGCUCCGGCCGCAACAAGAAACUGGCCAAGGCCCGCGCAGCCCAGGCCGCCCUGUCCGCCCUCUUCAACAUGCAGCUGGACCAGACGCCCUCCCGCCAGCCUAUCCCCCGAGAGGGCCUACAGCUGCACCUCCCACAGGUUCUUGCAGAUGCUGUGUCCAGGCUGGUGGUGGAUAAGUUCAGCGAGCUGACGGACAACUUCACGUCGCCCCACGCUCGGCGAAAAGUCCUGGCCGGGGUUGUCAUGACGACAGGCACUGAUGUCAAGGAAGCCCAGGUGAUCUGCGUUUCCACAGGAACCAAGUGCAUAAAUGGGGAGUACAUGAGCGACCGCGGCCUGGCGCUCAAUGACUGUCACGCGGAGAUAAUCGCCCGCCGGUCCCUCAUCAGGUACCUGUACUCUCAGCUGGAGUACUUUCUCAGCCACAAGAAAGAGGAGCAGCAGAAGUCCAUAUUUGGCCGAUGCGAGAAGCAGGGCUACAGGUUAAAGGACAACGUACAGUUUCACCUCUACAUCAGCACGUCACCCUGCGGAGACGCCCGAAUCUUCUCACCCCACGAAGCUGGCGUGGAGGACCAGGGGGACAGACAUCCGAACAGGAAAGCGCGGGGCCAGCUGCGGACGAAAAUCGAGUCUGGCGAGGGGACGAUCCCAGUGAGGUCCAGCAACACCAUCCAGACAUGGGACGGGGUGCUGCAGGGGGAGAGGCUUCUCACUAUGUCCUGCAGUGACAAGAUCGCCAGGUGGAACGUGGUGGGCAUCCAGGGCUCUCUGAUGAGCUACUUUAUGGAGCCAAUCUACUUCUCAAGCAUCAUCCUGGGCAGCCUGUACCAUGCCGACCAUCUCUCCCGCGCCAUGUACCAGCGAAUCGCAGACAUCGAGGACCUGCCACAACCUUUCACCCUGAACAGGCCAUUGCUGAGUGGAAUAAGCAACGCCGAGGCGCGGCAGCCCGGGAAAGCGCCCAACUUCAGUGUCAACUGGACGGUGGGAGACCAGGGGCUGGAGGUGAUCAAUGCCACCACGGGGAAGGACGACAUGGGGCGCCCGUCCCGCCUCUGCAAGCACGCCCUCUACAGCCGCUGGGUGCGUCUGCACUCAAAGCUUUUGUCAACACUGAGAAUCAAAGUGUCCAAGCCCAGCUCGUACCACGAAGCCAAGCAGGCGGCGACGGAGUACCACAGCGCCAAGCAGACACUCAUUAAGGCUUUCCACAAAGCGGGCCUGGGCGCAUGGGUGAAGAAGCCAAUCGAACAGGACCAGUUCUCCCUCAACUCCUGAGAGGGCGCGGGGCUAGGGGAGAGCGGCGGGGCAGACGCCACACCCCAGCCAACCACCGGAGACUUCACACGCACCACGUUCAUCCCCCUGAAGCGAGAACCACAUCCCCACCUUUCCACUUUGCUCCUGUUUCUUUUUCUGUAACUUCAUUCCCUUGUUCUUCAUGUAUGUUAUUGUUUCUGCUAAAACUGUUUAAAAGAAAGUUAGUGAUGAGCAUUUUUGUUGUUAAGUUAAUGUUAUUAAUGAUGUCCUCACGAAGACCUAUUUUUAAACUGGAAA